AUGAUAAUCAUACAACAUACAGUAAGCAUGCAUGAUUCAGUUAAAAUAUCACCUAAAAAAUUUCGUGAAAAUGUUGCUGAUCGUGCAAAUAAUACUCAAGAAACAACAAACACUAUACUAUCACAAUGUAUGUCAAAAUCAUCUGAUUCGGUAAAAGGUAUUCAAAAGCAAUAUGAAGAUAAUUUUGAUUUUGUUGAUGGCAUCCGUAAAAUUGCGGUGCUAGCUUUGAUGUAUCCAGAUGAUGUUCGUGGUGCAUUUACACAACUUGAUAUUAAUCACGGUAAUACAUUUCAAGGAAUGCUAGAUUACUUCGAAAAUAAUUAUAUAGAGCGACUUCGUGCUCAUGAUUCACAUGUACGACCAUUAUUUAUUGUUGAGUUUUAA